UUCCAGUCCACUUGUGUGCAGCAGCUCAGAGCCGCUGUACUGCUGCGGUAUGCACUGCUGAUACAAUGUUCCUGUACAAGCGGAAAUACAAGACGCAGAACGCAAACUACAAAAGAGAUGACAGCGAAAGCAGGAGCUGACUUCGUCUCUCUGCACAGCGACUUUAUUUUAAGAGAAACCCCCUACCUGGACGCCACAGGAGAUCUAAGUGGAUUGAAGACGGCAGAGAGCAAGUGUAGGAGUCAGAGAGGGAGGGAAGACAGAGGGGAUUAAGAGCUAAUCCUGCACACGGGCAAUCCUGGUGGAACCUUAUCUUUCAGGAGGAUGCAGACAAAACACUUGCUGGAUUAUGGCGCUUCACUCUGCUGCCUUUUUCAAUGACCCCUGAACUGGAAUUUAAGCCUCGCUGACAUGUAAUCAGACUUCAGACUCUAACAUUAACCCUGAACAACUGAACUGUUCAACUUUUCUGCCAUCAUGAGCCUGGGAAAACUACCAGGAAUUAAGGGCCUUGUGUCUGGCUCUCAGACGAAACGUCGCUUCAAGAGUGAUCUCUCGGUGGACAUGAUCAGCCCGCCGCUGGGUGACUUUCGACACACUAUGCACGUUGGCCGUGGUGGGGAUGUCUUUGGUGACACUUCUUUCCUGAGUAACUACGGGGGCAACAGGGAGCCAGGAAGUCCAGACUCUGCAAACAGCUCCAAGUCCACAGGGUUCUUCACACGAACGUUCAGACACGUGCGGAAGAACUCUGUGCCACGGCCACGAGGGGGCUCCCGUGACCUCUCAUCUCCACCACCAGAUGUUUCGCCCAUCAUCAAGAACGCCAUCUCCCUGCCCCAGCUGAACAUAGACUCUCCCAAUGGGUGCCUACAGAGGGUGCUGUUCCCCAGCUCCAUCAGCUCAGCAGACGACGCCUUCUGCACAUAUGGUCUACAGUCUGGGUUUGUCACCCUGCCCCGCCUCUCUCGCCUUGACAGACAGUUUCCAGACGGAGCCCCUCGCCGUGAGUCUGUACCGAACAGUGACGGCAUCACACUGACACGCUCCGAUUCCCUCACCUCCUUCACUGUGGAUCUGGGUCCUUCCCUUAUGACUGAGGUCCUGAGCUUGAUUGACAACCCCAGCUGCCUUCAGACAUCCAAUCACAGCCAGGCAGCAGAUGAAGAAGAGGAGGAUGAGGAAGAAGAGGAUGAUAUCUCUCUAACAGAAACGCCUGUGCAGAGCCCAAGAGUCAUGUCGCCCAGUCUCUCAAUAAACAAUAAAUACAGCUGGAACAUGAACAGCAGAGGGCGUUAUUGUGGCUCAAACUUUACAGAGCAAGAGGAGGGAAGGAGGUCACUGACCAGUCCUGAUGCAUCUGCGGGGUCUCCUCAAAGAGGAGAACCUGUCAUAGAAGCAGAAAGAUUUCAGAGGGCGGCUGAUGUCCUGUCUCGUCACUAUGGUGGAGGAUCCUUCACAAAGGGGAAGAGGAUGAACAACAACAUGUCCUCUCCUGCUUUUUCCCACAGCGACGAAACACCACAUGACUUCUCAGAGGAGGAGGAAGAGAUUAAAGUCUAGAUGACGAGACUCUUUAUGGAACUUUACUGACCCAAUGAAAGGACAAAACUUUUACAGAACCAAGUUCUGGGUUCAUUUCAAGUCAGAGAAGCACUUAAAAAAUGAGUGGAGUGCUUAUUGAUGUCAAAUAUGACUUUUGACCCACACUACACCACGUGAUUUCAUGGCUAUUGAAACCUUAUUGAAGAUAUUGAAUGAAUCUAACAUGAAAAUGGAAGUUUUUCUAAGACAGACUAUUAUUUCAUUCUUUUAGUUUACUCAGCAAGAAGGAUUAAAGCUGAAGUAAACAUCUCAUAUUCAUAUUCAUAAAACACUGUAUUAAAGACUCUAACUUUACACUAACAUAAGACUCAUAUACUCAUGAUGUUCAAUUAUAAAUUGCUAUUUAUAAAUAAAUAUGUAUAGGUUCAAAAUUGUAAGCAUGAAUCUGGUUUAAGGGCCACAAUAUUUUCAGUAUUAUCACAUUAAUACAUGAAGCCUUUCUACUUGUAAAUAAUUUAACUGUCAUUGAUUAAUAAAGCAGCUGUACAACUCUGA